AGGCGGUGCGUUGCCCUAACUGAACACGGAACAGCGAACUCGGGCGCUUCUGCUCUAAACAAAACAAUGGCUAAUGAUUAAAGAUACACAUUAUUUAAAUUUCUUGACAUAACUGGUGCAUAUAUUCGUUGUGAACGUAAUAUUUCCGUUGUGCAGUACAUACUGAAAACUUCAGCACCAAAUCAUUGUCAACGCCCUUGAAGAGAAAAGUUGACAACGAAACUUCAAAUUCACUCAGUUUUGAUUUUUAAUUCGAGAUGUCAGUCUGCUAUUUAAUUCGCAAAGCAUCCCUUCGGAUCAGGCUAUUCCAAUACUCUCCUUUCACUCGUCUGUACUGUCAUGCUGCCAAUGAGUCUGAAUGGGAUCCUCAACCGUGGCUUAGUUUGGACAUGAAACAUAAAAUUGAAAGUAAAUGGAAACAACAUGUUGAUAGUUUCGGCCUAACAGAUAAUGAUUCCUGCCCUACCACGUACAUUCUGUCGAUGUUCCCAUACCCCUCUGGAAAUCUUCACAUGGGCCAUGUUCGAGUUUAUACCAUUAGCGACACUUUAGCCAGAUUUUAUCGAAUGCUCGGGCACAAUGUGUUACACCCGAUGGGUUGGGAUGCCUUUGGUCUCCCUGCAGAAAAUGCUGCUUUGCAAAGUGGUAAGGAUCCUGCUAUUUGGACAGAGAAUAACAUCAACACUAUGAAGUCACAGCUCAAGCAGCUAGGGUGUAGUUUUGAUUGGGAUCGCGAAUUUGCAACUUGUCAUCCUGAGUACUACAAGUGGACACAGUACAUAUUUCUUCAAAUGUACAAGGCUGGCCUCAUUUACCGUAAACCUUCAUUAGUGAACUGGGAUCCUGUUGACAAAACUGUUUUAGCUGAUGAGCAAGUUGAUGAAAGUGGCAACUCGUGGCGAUCAGGGGCCAAAGUUGAAAAGAUACUUCUGACGCAGUGGUUUGUGAGGGCUACUAAAUUUUCAUCAAAUCUUCUCCAAGAGCUAUCGAAUUUUCAGACAGAGGACUGGUCAGAAAUAGUGAAUCUUCAAAAAUCCUGGAUAGGGGAUGUCAAUGGUGUCAGUUUUGAUUGGAUUGUGGAAGGCAAACUGAAUUCCGUAGUCACACUUCCAGUCUGGACUAAUAAACCAGAAGAUGUUCAUGACGUUGGGUUCAUUGCUAUUCAGCCUGGAAGUAUGUUGGAUGUCAUGCAAGGUACAAAAACUCCACAAGAAUACCAAUUUACAACUGCAGAUGGAAAUGAAGAAACAUUUAAAGCUGCUCGCCUUGAUUUUGAUGCAUGUAAUCCAUUCUCUCAAGAAAAAGUACCAAUCUAUGUUGUUGAUGGCAUCUUGCCCUUCCCUGAUGGUUCCAGCUCAUACAUGGGCGUUCCAUCUAAAAAUCACAUUGAUUCCAUUUUUGCAAAGUGUCUCAGACUUCCAGUGCGUGUUGGCAGCUCAAAGAUUGAGGAUUCCUCAGUCGAAAGUAUUUGUAAAAAAGCUCAAAAAAUGGGCUUUGGUGGGUUUCAGACUAGCUCAAAACUUAAAGAUUGGUUAAUAUCACGGCAACGAUAUUGGGGGACACCCAUCCCCAUAGUUCAUUGCAGUGAAUGUGGGACUGUUCCUGUCCCUGAAGAACUACUCCCUGUGAAGCUGCCUCCUUUUCCUUCUAAACGAGAAAACUGCGACCAUGUCGCCUCUCCCCUUUCACAAGCAGAAGAAUGGGUGAAUACCACCUGCCCAAGGUGUGGUGGGUUAGCCACUAGGGAAACAGAUACUAUGGAUACGUUUGUAGAUUCUUCUUGGUAUUACUUACGUUUCAUAGAUCCUUUUAAUGAAAAUCAAAUUGUUAGCUCAGAGAAAGCAAAAAAGUUCAUGCCAGUCAGUGUCUACAUAGGAGGAAAAGAACAUGGUAACUACUCUUCACUAUACUAUGCCAGAAUAGUGUCUCAUUUCCUUUAUCAACUAGGAAUAGCUCCUUGCCCUGAACCAUUUCAGCGUCUGCUUGUGCAAGGAAUGGUAAUGGGACAAACAUUUCUUGAAGAAAGCACAGGUCGUUUUUUAAAACGCAGUGAAGUUGAUUUUCAAGGGAAGUCUCCUUUUUGUAAAGCAACAGGUAAACCAGUGGUAGUGAAGUGGGACAAGAUGUCCAAGUCAAAGCACAAUGGUGUAGACCCUGCAGAUGCUGUCGGUUCCUUUGGGGUUGACUCUACCCGUCUCCUUAUGCUGGCUGAUGCAGCUCCUUUUUCACAAAGAAAUUGGGAUCCUGAAGGUUCUAAAGGAGUUUUUAACUGGCAAAACAAUUUGUAUGUCCUUGUUUCCCACUUCAUUUCAAUUCGUCAACAAGCAAAACUGGGAAAGUUAAAGGCAGACACAUCUUCACCUGCCUUCAUUGAUGGAGAAAAGCAAUUAUAUGUUCUUAGAAAUGAAAGUUUAUCAAUAAUCACUCAUAAUUACAAAAACACUCACCAAUUUUUUAUCUCUAUCAAAAGCAUGCAAACCCUGACCAAAAAGUUAAAGCUUCUGCCGCAAGAAAUUGUAGCAUUCAGCCCAAAAUUUGAGGAAGCCAUGGCAAUGUUAAUCACUACUUUGGCUCCAAUGGCACCUCACUUCGCAUCAGAGCUGUGGCGAGGCCUUGCCUUGGCCCCAAGGCUUGUAGAAUCCUCAUCUGGAAUUAAUUGGGGAAAACCUGUACUACAUCAACCUUGGCCACAGCUAGACCCAGAGUAUCAUCUUCCAGUAACCAUUUAUAUCAAAUCAAUAGCAGUAUGCUGUACAACUAUCCCAUACAAACAGCUAAAGGAUAUCAGCAAGGAUACCUUACUUCAAGUAGCUUUGCAGCAAGAAAGAAUUCAGGAGUUACUCAGAGAUAAAACAUUUGAGGCCGGCAGCAUUAACAUUUUUGAUAUAUGGGGAGCCAAUGUAAAUUUGAGAGUUCCUGCAUUAAGAAGAGAGGAACUGAAUGUAUUAACUAAUCGGCUAAAAAAGGCUCCUGUCAAACAAAACACUAAAAAAUCCCAGAUUUCUUCUUAAAUGUGGUGUUAGUACAUAAAACCAUCAUGGAGGAGGGAUAAAAAUGAUUUAGGAAAGAAAAA